UUCGGUUUUCAGCGGUUACCGAGAGUUCUCCUUCCUGAGGUCUUUCCCCGAAGUCGAUUCUUCCCUUCCAGAGUUGAGAGCCACAGCUAUGGAAGGUCGGCGCGAAAGACCACCGGCGUCGCGCGCUAAGAAGCCGGCUGCGAAGCGCACCACGACGGAGCACAACGGGACCGUGGCCGCCCCGUCCCACGCCGGAAGCUGCGGUCCGCGAAGGGGGGCGCGAUCGCGGGGCGCGGAGCGUGACGGGGACCCCACGAAGAAGCCAACCACCCGAGCGCGACCGGGACAGGCGUCCAUGCGCAUCACGGACCUACGGUCCUCGGCCACCGGCGCCACAGGAGUCGCCGAACAGCCCGCCUUCCUGGAGCACCUGCCUCCCGCCAUCCAUGAUCCCGAGCCUCCCGCCUCCCCGGAGCUCCAGCCUCCCGCGCACCCCGAGGCUCCAGAGGUCGCAAGGGGUUCUAGCCGCAGGAGAGGCGCGCGCUCCGUUGGGCAGCUGAGAGCGUCUCGGGCGUCCAGGAAGGAGCUGGAAGAGACCCCCGAGGGAAAACUCAAGAAUGUACUGGAAAAACUGAAGUUGAAACGCGAGAAGAUCUCGAAGGCGGCCGACGUAGUGAAUAAGAUCGUGAAGCGCCUGCUGUCCAGAAUGAAGAACCGUGAGUCAGAGUUCAAAGAUGUGCAGCAACUGAACACUGGCAGCUACUAUGAGCGUGUGAAGAUUUCUGCUCCUAAUGAAUUUGAUGUCAUGUUUAAGCUGGAAGUUCCCAGAAUCCAGCUGCAGGAGUAUCGUGACACUGGUGCUUUUUAUCUUGUGAAGUUCAAAAGAAUUCCAAGAGGAAAUCCUCUGAGUCACUUUUUAGAAGGGGAAAUAUUAUCAGCUUCCAAGAUGCUGUCAAAAUUUAGGGAAAUCAUCAAAGAAGAAGUUAAAGAAAUCAAAGACAGCGAUGUCUGUGUGGAGGAGGAAAAACCAGGAAGCCCUGCUGUAACACUUCUGAUCAGAAACCCAGAAGAAAUAUCUGUGGAUAUAAUUCUGGCUUUGGAAUCAAAAAGCAGCUGGCCUAUUAGCACCAAAGAAGGACUACCCAUCAUAAACUGGCUUGGCACAAAAAUGAGGACCAGUUUAAGACGAGAGCCAUUUUAUCUUGUGCCCAAGGAUGCCAAAGUUGGAAAUAGUUUUCAAGGCAAGACAUGGCGCCUCUCUUUCUCUCACAUUGAAAAAUACAUUUUGAGCAAUCAUGGAACAGAGAAAACAUGUUGUGAAGUUGGUGGAGUGAAAUGUUGCAGGAAAGAUUGUUUAAAAUUGAUGAAAUACCUUUUGGAACAGUUGAAAAAAGAGUAUCAAGAACUAGAAGCAUUCUGUUCUUACCAUGUGAAAACUGCCAUCCUUCACAUGUGGACUGAGAACCCACAGGACAGAGAGUGGGACCCCAAGCACCUCAGCAGAUGCUUUGAUAACUUUUUGAAGUUCUUUGUUGAUUGCCUCAGGACAGAGAAACUGAUGCAUUAUUUUAUUCCAAAGUUCAAUCUAUUCUCUCAAGAACUAAUUGACCAAAAAAGUAAAGAAUUUCUGAUAGAGAAAAUAGAAUAUGAAAGAAACAAUGGAUUUCCAAUUUUUGAUAAGUUUUGAGAUUAUGCAUUUGUCUAUGUGUUAUAAUGUGUUCUUGUGGGUGUGUGUUUAGAACAGAGGUUGAUGCCAAAUGUCUUCCUUGAUCACGCUUCACUUUUUUGAGACAGUCUGCCUCUGAACCCAGAGCUCAUGGAGGUGUCCAGGAUGAUUAGCCCGUGAGCUCCCAUGAUUCACCUGUCUGUGUUUCCCCAGACCUAGGAUCAUAGAUGGGCAUUACCUUUAUAGCUUUUACGUUGUUGCUGGGAUCUGAACUCAGGUCAUUAUGCUUGCAAAGCAGGUACUGUAUUCACUGAGCCAUCUUCCUAGCCUGAAAUUUGUAUUUUGAGAUGAAAUUGGGUUAAAGUGCCUUAAGUCCAUUGUGGUGGUGUAUGCCUUUAGUCACAGCACAAGAGAAGCAGAACAAAAUAACUCAAUGUAAUCCUUGGCCUGGGCUACCUGAAAUCUACUUAAACAAAAUACGAAGGGACUUGCAGAGAUGGCUCAGUAGUGAAGAUCACUUACUGCUCCUUCAGAGGACUUGGUUCUGAGCACCUAAUGGCAGGUCAUAACUGUCACUCCAGUUCUAGGGAAUCUAGUCUGACCACUGCAGGAUCCUGCUUGCACCUGGUGCUCACACAUAAACAAACAUACAAAAUAAAUAUUUUUUCAAAGUAGAAAAACUAGAAAAUGAAACUGUGAAAUGAUCCAUGAUAUAUUAAGUGUGUUGGCACUUACUUAUAAUCCUGGCACUUGAGAAGCUGAGGUAUGGGAGUUGCCACAAAUGCAAGGCCAGCCUGGGUACAGAAUAAGAUCUUGUCUCAAAAAACAAAACAUCAAAAGCCAGCAGUAAUCCCUGUGAGUCACCAUGAGGUUUGGCCUGAGUCUGCUCAUCUGUCCUGACUUAGAAAGGGACAAUGGUUUUGUUUUUCUUCUUUUGGGGGCUGGUCAGAACCUAAGGAGGCUUUCCUGGUAUUUGUGCUUCCUUUCUCUUUCUCUUGAAGUUCCCCCAACCCCUCGACACACACACACACACACACCAUAGACAAGGCUGCUUGUCUAUCAUGUGGCUCAUGGUUUCUUUGAAUGUAAAACAACCCCCCCCCCGCCCAAAUUGUGAUUCUAAUAACUCAAAAGUUCACAGAAGUGACUGAAAUGAAUACAAUUAUUUAGUUCUCAGUUUUUCAUAUAUUCACUCAAAUAUCAAGAUUAUAAAAAGUUAAGUAAUGAAAAUGAAAACCUUGCCAUUUUGGAAAACAUACAUAUCUCUCCAAUUAUAUGCAUUAAGUACAUAAUGAGUAUCACUUCACACCUACAGUAGUGAUACAGAAGUCUACAGAAGGUUGUGGGAGACAGUAUCAGAAAUGGUUGAUUUAGGCUUUGUUCAAGUACAGGAAAUGGACAUGGAAGCCGUGCCUGGUUCUGUCCUGUGUCCCAGGGUAGGAAAGGAAAGGAAAGUUGACUUCUGCACCAUCUCUACUUCAGGUCCUUUACCAUGUGUAUAUAUGUAUGUAAUUUAUAUUUUAUUUAUUUUUGUUUCAUAUGUGUUUCUAUGAAAUCAGUGGUACUCAGCGCAGAGAAAUGGGUGUGGGCAGAGGCUGACCCACCAGGGUACUUAGUGCAUGGAUGGUCGCAGGAGCCUCGUCCUUGUCUCGACAGCUGUUCCCUGUGUAACAAAU